ACUUAAAGUGAAGUUGUAAAACGUUGUUGGAUGUGUAACAAUGUCAGAGAAAAUGUGAAGGCUGCUCAUGUUCUGCAAUUUACAUGACCAACCCGGACAAUUAAUCACUUCAAACUACUAAAAAUGUCAACUUUUCAAAAUCAGGGUGGUCAGAGAUCAAUGUCCCAUUAUGCAAUUUGAAAGCAUACACCCGUGAAUGACGGGUAACCAUCAUUCCCAUCGAAUACUACAAAAAAUCAGUGGAUUCUUUAAUAUAAACCACUACUAUUAAAAGAAAAGCACAUCUUCCAAGAAAGGGAAAAGAGAAGAAAAGAAAGAAGGAAACCCCAAAGAGAGUCAUGUCCUUCAGGAGGGGUGUUGUGAGGCAGAGUAAGUUCAGGCAUGUGUUUGCUCAGGCCUGGAAGGCUGAGCACUGUCUUGAUGAUGUCAGAGUGUCCCGUGUGACGUGGGACGGCCCUCUGUGUGCUGCCAAUCCCAAGUUCAUCGCCGUUGUCAUUGAGGCUGGAGGAGGCGGAGCCUUUCUGGUGUUGCCACUCGCCAAGAGCGGUCGAGUGGACCAGAACACGCCGACGGUCUGCGGUCAUGCUGCGCCAGUGCUGGAUGUGCAGUGGUGUCCACAUGAUGAUAAUGUCAUUGCCAGCGCUUCAGAGGACUGCACUGUCAAGAUCUGGCAGAUUCCCGAUGGAGGUCUGGUGUCUCCUAUGUCUGAAGCCGUGGUCACUCUGGAGGGUCACAGUAAAAGAGUGGGCAUCUUAGCCUGGCACCCGUCUGCACUGAAUAUCCUGUUGACUGCAGGAUGUGAUAAUGUGCUGUGUGUUUGGGACGUGGGAACCGGUGAGCUUGUUUACCAGCUGACUGACGCCCAUCCAGACCUGAUCUACAGCGUGAGCUGGAACCGCGAGGGAAGCAUCCUGUGCACAACCUGUAAAGACAAAGCCUUACGAGUCAUUGAUCCCCGGCGUGGGACUGUCCUGAAGGUUCGAGAGAAGGCUCAUGAGGGCACCAGGCCGAUGAGAGCUGUAUUUCUGGCUGAUGGCAAAAUCCUGACAACCGGCUUCAGUCGCAUGAGUGAGAGACAGCUUGCCCUCUGGGACACGAGAGAUCUCUCAGAGCCCAUGGCCACUCAGGAAAUGGACACCAGUAAUGGAGUUCUGCUUCCAUUCUAUGACCCAGACACCAACAUGGUUUACUUGUGUGGCAAGGGGGAUUGUACCAUUCGUUACUUUGAGGUGACGGAUGAGUCACCGUAUGUUCAUUUUCUGAGUCUGUACAGCAGUAAGGAGCCACAGAGAGGUGCUGGUUUUCUAAGCAAGCGAGGAGUGGAUGUCAACAAGUGUGAAAUAGCAAGGUUCUAUAAGCUGCAUGAGAGGAAGGUUGAGCCCAUAUCUAUGACUGUGCCAAGAAAGUCUGACCUAUUUCAAGGGGAUCUGUACCCGGAUACAGCGGGAUUGGAACCGGCUCUACUGGCGGAGGAUUGGAUAGCAGGACAGGAUGCUCCUCCAGCCCUUGUUUCCCUCAGUGGAGGCUAUACGGCGCCUCCGUCCAAAUGCGGGACACUUAGAGGACGACCCAAACUGCUCUCUCCUACUAACACAAGUCCCACCAGCACCACUGCACCAGCAAACCCUGUGACGGUUGAGAUGGAGAGCGAGGGUUUGAGCCACGGGCGAGGUGGAAGAGAUGUUGAUGGUGGGAUAGAGAGAGUAAAGAAAGAGGAGGACCAGCUUUCAGACAUCCUGACCGAGGUUCGGGCUCUGCGCGCUCUGGUUCUGGCUCAGGGUCACAGGAUCGAUGUUCUGGAACGGCAGCUCACCCGCAUCGAGGAUGGCGAAGUGUGAAGGAAAAAAACCACAAACACAUCACGACACAUAGCCUUAUUACCCAGAUUCAAAGAGCUUCACUGAAGGCUUAUGGGAAAUGUAGUUCCAUUACUAGUGACAUAGAGAUACAGAGAGACCUAACUGAGCUUUAUUGAUUACAAAUGCACUGAUACUUAAUACGGUAAAUGCUGCUCGUUUCGUGCUUCUAAUAGGGCUUUUUCAUCAGGUACUUGCUUCUGCUAACUACAGAUACUUAAUUCUCAAUUUGGUUAAGUUGAUAUUUGCAUAAACAUGCAAAGUUUCAAUAAAAAGCAGACUUGAUGGUCUCUAGUAGCGUGCAUUAAGACGGCAUUUAACAAAUGCUUCUGCUUAAUAACAGUAGCGUGAAACCUUCAGGAAUUGCUAUAAUCCAACAUGCUGAAUUAAUUUCUUGCUUCGACUAAAGUUUGACGGUGCUUCUCAACGUAGAUCGACCAGCACUGUUUCUCUCUUCCAUUCUACUGUAUGUCUUAACACAUGUAGCAUUGAUUUUGAAUGCCAGUAGUCAGAGUUUUGUGUGUGCGUGUGUGUGUGUAGCAUGUGAUAGAAACUGUACUUGAUGUUGAAGGAAUUUGUGAGGGAUUCAUAUAAUGGAGCACGAUUAGCUUGUAGAGCAAACAAAAAAUAAUAAUACUGAUGUAGAAUGAUGGAAAUUGUCCAGGUUACAUUCAAAAACAUGCUUUUUUUUCUUGUUGAGAUUUUCGAAUAAUUGUAAGCACGUUUUGCUUUUAACUUAAUUUAUUCUUGUUAGAUUCCUAAUACUUUAAUUUUGGAAGUAAUUUUACUUUAUAUUACAGUUUAAAUGCUCUUUUUCAACAUUUAAAUAGGAGUACGUUUCAUUAAACAUCUUUUGUAAGCUGUUUGGACAGAACUGUGUGUAGGUAUAGUGUGUCCACAGUCAUAUUGGAGUGAUAGAAACACAAUAAGUCUCUUUUUAAAAUUUUUUUAUUUCCUGACGUUAAAAGAGCAUCCAAAACCCUUCCAUUUUGAGGCCGACCUGAUGUACAGGUGCGGUUUUCCCCACCCACUGAAUUGAUUGACAGCCGCUUACCAACGUCUCUGUAGUAACCCUUAUAAACAUAUCCACAAGACAAGACGUGCACAAAGCAACUGGGGUUAAGAGAUCUGUUCAGCUCUCUGUGAUCAUCUGCAGCUCAAGAAUGAGUUUAACAAGUUAAAAACGUUUUAAAAACAGUGCAUGUUUGUAAUAAAGACAGUUAAAUUACUACUUAAUUUCUCAUCACAACCACAUGUCAGUACAGUUAUGAAAGAAGACGCUUCAAUCCCAGUUGGUUUAAAUCAGGUUUGUUUUUGUACAUUAACAUAACGGAUAUCUAUACAGCAGUGUAUAUUAAGAUGUAUCCUGUCACAUUUGCCAUGCUAAAACAGUGGAAAACUGAACACAUGGGCAGCGUGUAUAUUGUAACAACAUUGUGUGUGACUCAUCAUUGCAGAAAGGCUUGAAUUAACUCCACAACAACUACAUCAAAUAAUCAUUAGGAAAGGUUCUUACUGUAGUAUUCCUCACAAACGCUAUGUGAGAUCUGCUUCUUGUCUGUCACUGUGCUGUUUAUCUGACGCAGUGUGAGAUGUAGACAUGCAUCAGAGCCAUAGGGAGCGAUCUCUGUGGCUUUGAAAGGCAUGUAGCGGGGAGAACUAGCUCAUUUGCAUUAAAGGCACUGGCAACAAAACAGCUACAAUGUGCUCAGAGCUAAAAAUUCCAAUGUUCAGAAAGGUAUAAUAAAUAAUCUGAUGAGUAUUUUGAGCUGAAACCUCACAGACACAUUAUGGAGCCACAAAGGAUUUAUCUUAAAUCUUGAAAAAGGGGUGAACUAGGUGCUCUUUAAGGUAGUACAGAAUAUGAGCAACUAUACAGUACAGCAGGGGCGAAGCGGACAUUUUAAAAGUGGGGGAGACGGCAAUAUGAGAUCAUACGUUCAUAUAAUUAUUAAUCACCUGUUUCUAAAUGGUCUGUCUCCUAAAGUGCGGGGGAUGGAUCUCCCCCAUCCCCCCCAGUUGCUACGCCCCUGCAGUACAGUAUGCGGUAGUGUACAAUCUCCUUAAACAUAGAAAUAACACUAUUUUCAGAUCUUUGAUUGACAUUUUGAAUAUCAGUAACACUAUGAUUUCAAAAAGAUUUGGAAAAACAAAACAAAAAAUAAAUUAAAAAUAACAUUAUGGAUGGUGUUUUGAUGGGACAUUUUAUUUUAUAAUUUUUUUGUCAAUUCAUUUACAACUAAUUAUCAAUAUUCCUGACAUUCCUAUGUUUUGAGACACUAUAAAUAUUACAGUGUGCUUAAUAAUAUUUUUGGCUGACCAAAUAAUAUUCGCUCUAAAAAACGAGCUCUCUUUUUCUAUUCAAUUUAUUCAUAUUCUUGUCUUUCAUUUGUGUAACCUGGAUAUGUAAUUGCCAGUUUUGUUUAGACUCAUACCUCUUAAUGAAUAACUGUUUCAUUCGUGUUUGAUUGACUAUGAAAUCUAAUAGUAGAACGGUGUGGUAUUUCUAGCUUUAGCUGGUGGUGUUUUUUGUAUCCGAUUUGUUUUAAGUUGCUCUUUAAUCAUUGGCUCUACAAUCAGGGAAGACUCUAAGCGAGGGUCGACUCAUGCUUCUCUGCGGAUGAUUUUCGUUAUGUCUAGCUGUACAUGUUGUAAAUGAUCUAAGGACCCAUUGACUUCGAACUUAAGUGCUAACUUACACUGUUCUUUUUAAUAAAUGACAUUUGCCCAUUUCUACUGGA